AGAAUGACAUGGUACGGAAUGACACUUCUCGGAAACAAUUUCCAAGGAAAAAAACUAAAAAAUGCUGUUACAGCUUUAAUGGAAAUUAUUGUUUAUUAGGGAAUGGAUGAAGAAGCAGAUGGCGUAGUUGUUGAGGGAAGACCUAGAUCUCCAGUUGACAGGAGGACAUGCUGGGUUUGUUUUGCAACAGACGAAGAUGAGCCACUAGCAAAAUGGGUGCGACCAUGUCGGUGCAGAGGGACAACAAAAUGGGUGCACAAUAUUUGUUUACAAAGAUGGUUUGAUGAAAAACAGCAUGGGAAUCCCACGGUGCGGGUUUUUUGUCCACAAUGCAAUACUGAAUACACGAUAAAGUACCCAGCCCUUGGCAUGGUGUUAGUGUUGAUAGAUGGUUGUGAGAAACUCCAAAAUAAGGUGUCUCCUAUCGCCGCUGCAGGUGUUGUGGUUGGCUCGCUUUAUUGGUCAGCAGUUACAUAUGGUGCAAUUUGUGUCAUGCAAGUUAUGGGGCAUAAACAGGGACUUGAAAUAAUGGAAAAAGCUGAUCCACUUUUUCUAUUGGUUGGUUUGCCCACAAUACCGUUCGGUUUAAUUCUUGGAAAAAUGAUUCAUUGGGAGGAUUAUUUGCUUCAGUUAUGGCGCGAACAUUCACAGAAGUGGUGGAUAUUGAAAAAGUUGUUUGGAAGCGACUCUCAACAACAUCAGCCGGCACGAGUGCCGUUAGAAACGAGUUCACAAAUGGAUUUCAUCAGCUCCACUCGUAUCCUAUGUGGAGCGCUGAUGCUACCUACGUUUGCAACAGCUUGUGGCAACUACUUGUUUGAUCGAGUUGAGUCACCUAUCAAGCGAACGAUUCUAGGAGGAGUGAGUUUUAUAGUUAUAAAAGGACUUGUUCGAAUGUAUUACAAACAGCAGCAAUAUAUGAGAUUGGCAAGAAGAGAAAUCGAAAAUUACGUCGAACCGCCAUCUUCUGCGUCCUCCACAAGUGUUUAAAUUCGAACAUUAGCUGCGAACCUUCCCAUCACUUGAUUUUCAUUUGUGCGUAACAACGAAGCCUUGUAAUUGUAAAUAACGAUUGAAAACUGAAAAAGUUUUGCGCAUGUGUAGUGCAUGAUGUUUUUUUGUGUUGGUUAUUUCCAUUCUUGUUUUUAUUUGAAUAAUUUCAGCUUCUGUUAA